AAUUUCACACUCGCACACAAGAUAUCAGCUCUACACAAGCACACGUUUAUCUUGGACCGACCAGUCUUGUUUCGCUUUACUCUACUUUCUUCGUUUCUUCUUACUCACUUCAUUCUCGAAGACGAUACCCACCCUCGGUGAAUAUCGACGUUAAUUCAACUCUCCAUCCUCGAAUCGAUACCACCCUCCCCUCAACAACUUUUCGGAUUAUACUACAGAUUGAAAUGGUCGCAUCAGAUGUGACAUCAAAUUUCGGAAUACUGACGCCUCCGGCCUUAGAUUCCCCGUCGGAAGUGAAAAAUUCGUUUUUCCCUACCUCCGGUAGUUCCAUGAUCAAGGGAAAGGAAUUAUCCGAGCCUUCAAUAAUCACCGCGCCACCAUCCGUUCACGACAUCACUGAUGGUUCCUCGGAACCGUCCACGCCGACGAGCUCGGGACCGGUGGUUCAGCAAGGAUCGCGAUACUACAUCUAUGACAAUUCGAUCCUCCCUACGCUCAUUACUCAGAUCGCUGCAGCCCUGGCGGUAAUGAUACUUCUCCCGACACCGAUUUCAAACCCUCUUCCUGCGUCAAUGGUAGCACCUCAUUCAAACGGAAGCCACCCACCGCCACAUCGAAUACCGUGGCCACAACCACAACCGACGGACCUCAAUCACCAUCGCAGCAAGUCCCGUCCACCAUCGAUGGCGAUGCCUCCGAUAAUAAGAACGCUGCUUCUCCGAUGGACCUCCACAGGAAUUAAUAGUGCACAUCAAGACACGUUGGCUGGUCCUUCGGCAAUCAUCAUUCAUCGACCGGUUUUGCUUCCCGACAUCGUUCGAUCCAUCACCCAGGCGAGACGAUCAAGAAUGAGAUCCAGGCCCGUGACCCGGGCAAAGAAUAAACGAGAAAAUAUGGAAAUGGAACUGCUCAAGCUAUCAGGACUGGAAGGCAUCAUUGACACAGAUAAUGCCCGAAACUCGGACGAUCCAUUGAUAGGUCCCUCACGUCGUAUCAUGGCAAAUACCGAUCAACGAUUUAUGUCGUCAUUCUCCCCCUCUCAAAUUUCGCGAUCAUCCGCGACCGGGGCCUCCAUGUCGGGAGACAAGAAAUUGGCUCGAUCUUCUGCCGGAAGCAACGGUAACAAUCAAUCUUAUUACCACGCAUCCAAGAAGCGACGUCCCUCUGCUUCAGUCUCUUCCCUAUCUUCCAUUCCAACAUCCGAGCUGAGUGACUACGAACUUAACUCUGAUAAUUUUGGGGAUGACGAAGACGACCCGGACUUUACCUUGCACGCGAAGAAACGUAAGGCCGAAUAUGUGUCCUCAAAGAUAAGUCACAGUUCAUCGGUUUUGCACGCAUCUCACCGCCGUGAUUCGAACAACAAGACAAAGAUCUGCGCAAGCUGCAGGACGAGGAGCACCCCUUGCUGGAGGCCCGGAUGGCGCAACGAUCUCUUCCUGUGUAACAGCUGUGGGUUGAGGUACAAAAAGACAAAAUGUGUGUGCACGAAUCCGGAAUGCCGGUAUAUCCCGCUCAAGUCAGAAUAUAAUGCGAUGUUUAAAAAACCAAAAAAUGGUGAUUCACCAGACCUAAAGCGUUGUUGCAAAUGCCAGACGGUACUGUGA